AUGGACUCGUCGAAGUUUGUGAUUGGGCUGGAGACUCGGCUGACUGUGCUCAUUGAGGCGAAGGAGCAGAAAGCCUUGUUGCCCCCCAUACAGCGAGUCCUGCUGUCGGUGUUGUUGCGUGAGUGUCGUCUGUACACUCGGUCGCUCAAACCCGCGUCCUGGCUCUCCAAGUGCGUCUCCUGGUUCGUCAAGUACGAGACCGACGAAAGUGUUCGACAACGCACCGAUGAGGAGGUCAAGGACUAUGUUGAGCAGAUCCGCGCGCUCUACAUGGCCAGCGAGGCAGGCGCGAAGUUGGGACACUCACGGCGAAGCACAAUGGUCCUGCACACGCGGUCGGGUAGCAUGGACACUACGAUCGAUGGCGCGUCGGGGUUGCUGAAGGAGAAGGAGCAAUUGUUGAGGUCGGUUGCGAAGGGCUUUGCGGCGCGCAUCCUGAAGUUGCUGGUCACGAUGGCUGUGUUGUUGUCGCGAGACCAUGUAGAGAAAAUCGGCACGUACCUGUGGGCGAAUUAUCUGGACGAGCGGGAGGCGCCCACGUUGGGACCUGCUUGUUUCCUCGUCAUGCAAUGUGCAGAGAAGGCUCCCAGGGAUUUGAUUGCGACCAUUGAAGUUGAUAUGCAGAGUUCGGACGAGUCGACACGCGUGUUGGCUGCUCGGCGCUUCGGUUUGCUCGUGAACUAUCGCUUCCAGAUCUUGUCCCAGCAAGUGAUCAUGGACCGUGCACAUCGACCCUUCAAGCUUGCUCGGGGUCCUUUGCCUUUCGUUGCGGCAGAUAUCGGGUCGAACAAGUUCGUCCUGGAGACGAACGCGAGCGAUGUCAAGGACGCGCUGCCCGCGGAGCUGAAGAAGCGAUUGGCCGAGAUCGGAUGGGCGCAGGACGAUUCGCCGGUCGACCAGCGGCUUGAGUGGGCGCAGACGCCGCUGUCCAUACUGCCGAGUUAUCAAGCAGAUCGCUUCGACCUGACUGUAGAUCGGGAUGCGACACCGAUGCCCUCGCCGAACAACAGUCCUGCUGCUUCGCCUCAGCGGCCGGGACAGGAACGUGGAAGGAGCGCAUCUGAUAGCAGCUCAAUCUCGCCUAUGUUGCUUCGCCGCAACUCGAGCACAGGUGGCCCAAUACAGGGAGCCAAGCGUAGACCUGUGUUCGUACCCUCGCUUACGGGUGUCUUCCCGGACCUCGUUAUGCUCGUAUUCGAUCCUAGCUUUGCCGUUGCAUCUGCCGCACGCGCUGUUGUCCUUGAUCUCAUGCGCAACGAUCCCGCUCUGCUUCUUCGCCCUCUACUCGACUUCUUCGUCGCGGAAUCUCGGGAUAUGCCCCGUGCGACGACAACGCUGCGUGCCCUUCUUCAUGUACACCAGCAUACGCCACCCUCGCUUGCCUUCCAGCUCUUCAACAAUAUCAUCGGCUACUUGAAGCACAAUACGCGACAUCUCCAAACCCAGGACCCUCUCAGUGAUUUUGCGGCCGUGCUGGGCGUAGCAGCGAAGCUGGUCACACAGGUUAGCCGGUUGUCGAUUCGCGAGAUGCGAAGGGCGAAGAUCGAGCCGUUUAUGAUACCCUCGGGUUCGCUUUGGUUUCCGCCAUCUGCUCCAGCCGGUUACAUGUUCCCGCGAGCUCCCAGUCACUACAACCCUUUCACGUACGACCCUGACUUGGUCCACAUUACGACGAUUCGUAUUGCUCAGAAUAGCCUCCUUCUAUCCAUGCUCAAACGGACGCCUCAGGAUGUCCAGCUCGUUCGGAGGACCAUGACGCGGCUCGUGCUACCGAUAGACUCGACGCCGACCAUCGAGCCACCGCCAUUGGAGAUGAAGGACUUUGUGCCAAGGAAGAGAGCGAAGGGGCAGCACUCUAAGAGCGCUGACGAGGUCACAAUGGCCGCCUUAUCGUCCAUGCUUUCUCGCAGCUAUGUCUUGCUCGUCGCGCAGAUCUUCCGAUGCCUUCCGCGUCAUUUGAACGAUCGCGAGGAAUUGUCGGUGCUCAUAGACGGUCUAAAUCGUGUCCUGUUGGCGCAUGGGGACGACAUUGGUAUACUGGCCCAUACUCUGAUCGCGUUCAUGGUUGCGAGUACACGUUUCCGGCGGCUCUUCACGUCGGGAGGCGGGUACACCAUGUUCAUGCCUGCGCUUCUCAAAGUCUACGCCGAGAAUGAGGUCAACAGCGGCAUCCGUAGUGCGAUUGACUACGCUGCAGAUCGCUUCUGGGCCCUCCACCGUGAAGUGUUCAUCUUCCAGACGCUCGACGUCAUGUCGCAUGUCUUGAUGGUGCCCAAAGUCAAUGCGACUUGGAUUUGCGAGAACAUCUUCCAGUUCUUCUGGACGCUGCACCAGGUUACGCCUCCGUCUCGGUCUACGGAUGCGGCCGGUAUCCACGACCAAAACAAGGAGCAAGAGCGCGAAGCCUUGCUCGUCUCGACUGCCGAGGAAACGCCACAAGCAUUCCUUGCUGCUUUGCGCAACGACAAUCAGCUGACAAAGGUCGAUAUCCCGGAAGAAUUUGAGGCGAAGAAACCUCACAUCGAGAACUUCAUCCGUUUGUUUUUGACCGUCAUCGCCCAUGAUCCUACGAUCAGGAGAGCUGAGCAGUUUCUUCGCGCAUUCCGGCAUAUGGCGUCCAGUCUAUACGCGAGAUCACAUCCAGGGGCCGGUGCUGUGUUGCGAGAUGGGAUAGACGCGCUUAGCAUGGUGCUGCUGAAGCUCACAAGCAAGGCAAAAGCCACGGAAGCUGCACAGCCCUCCACCACGACAUCUCGCACAGGCGACGAUUCGGAUAGCAUUGCAUCUGCUGACGCCCUAUUGGACUCUGCGCCCGUGCUGGACAACACGAAAGGCUCGAGCGACGUCCUGUCCAUGCGCCUCGACUACCUCCAUCUUGUCGUUGCAUAUGCAGAAGCUGGCGGCGAUCUACCUUCGAGCACGAUGCAACAUGUUGUCGACGUCUUCCGUAUCGUCAUCCAGGACACGUCAGGCGACAUACGUGAUUCGGUUGCGCGAAUCUUCUGCAGCUACACGAAAGCAAUGCUCUGGCGAGAUCAGCAAAGGACGGUGAAGGAGGUCAUCGCGUUUCUCAAGGUGAACACCCCGAUCAUCAGCGCCUUCGCGGGCACCCUGGACUUCUCUGGCGUCUUCGACACUUUAGCUCACCUUGCAUCUAAUCCGCUCUACGCUAGCGACAAGCACUUCGCCCAUAUGGUCACGAACCAGGUGUGCGCGGCUGGUCUGGCUGCGUGCGAGCAGGCCGCUUCGCAGAACCUCCUCGUCACCUUGACUUUCCGAACCUCACUCAUCAACCUGAUCUCCAAGGUCGUGCAUAUGCAACACGCAGACGUACUGUGGGAGAUCGAGCGAUGUACGCCCAGUCAUGACUUCCUUGCCCACAUCGUCCUCCCGCUUGUGAUGACUCUGCCAGCCGGACAAGGGCAUCUGGGGGAGGCGCACUUAGGCCAUGCGGGCAGCAACGCGAUUCCGAGUGCUUGGAUGCGACUGUUGGCGUAUGCAAUGACUGCCAAGCAGGUGACUUCUGGGCGCUCGAAGGUCGAACAGAAGCGACGCUCGCAGUCCUCUUCAACACCGCACGUCCCGACUUUUGUCUUCAUACUACAGGUUAUCAAAGUCAUUGUCGUCCGUGCGGAGAGUAUUCUGUCGAGCUCGCUUCCUGGUGUAUGGAAUCGGGUGGCAGCCUUCCUGAUGUCGACUCUGGACGAUGGUGAUGCGGCCUUCGCCACCUCGUACCUACGCUCACCCACGCACUCUCCCUUGCAUUCUCCGCGCGCCAGUCUCGAGGUCUACAACCCCAUGUUCCAGUCAAAUAACCCCUUCAUGCAGGUCCCCGAGCGGCCCCGAACAUUCAAGAGCCCUCGCGCCGUCGACUACGCCCUCUGGUCCUUCCUCGAGCUACUCGCCGUCUACCGCUCCCCGCUCCUCCUCCAGAUGCGUCUCUUCAUGCAGGAAAAGGUGCUCACCCUCAACCAUGACCUCCGCGCGCAGCACGGCCCGGGCGGCGCGCGGGGCUCUCGACGCGUAUCUUCCACCGCGUUUUCGAAGCCGCGUCGGCGCCUCUCAGGAAUGCCAUCGCCGGAGAAUUCGCCCAAAAUUGGCGCAUACUCGUACCGCGGCUCGCGCGCGGGCCCAGGUUUCAUGGAGGACCGCCAGGCGGGCUUCCAUGGGUUGAAUGACGGCGGCGGGGGCAACCCACGCAUCGUGCACCUGGGCCCCGUGUCGCGCCCGCCAUCGCCUUACGCGCGGCCGGCCUCGCCGAGCGCAGAAGCGUCGCGGGUGACGCGCAUCGGGUCGAUGGUGCUGGUGCGCGCGACGUAUGAGCGGAUCCGGGUCGUGCAGAGCGUGCUGGGGUACGACGAGGUGCUGCCGAUGCCCGGGGACGCGGAGGAGGCGCCGGAGGUGCAGGUGACGACGUGGACGAGGGCACAGGCGCUGGAGGCGAUUGCGAAGGAGACGCGAUUGUUGAUCGAGGAGUUUGAUGAGACGUUUGGAGACGAGACGGUGCUGGUGGACGGGGAUGUGUCGAUGGGGGCGUAG